AUGGCCGGCGUUGUCAAAAUGCUGAGCCUCCUAAAAGAACAUCCUGGCCAAAACAAAGAAGACAUGACCUUCUUUGAAAGCCAAAAAGGGCGAAUCCACGAAGUGCUCUAA